AUGUUUCGUCCCGUUGCUAGAGCGCUCGCUCAUGCGCCUACUGUCGCAUCCCGUACACCCGCGACUAGACGAUUGAUAAGCACCGGUCCCUCCAAGCCGCGAAGCUGGAAGAACACCGUCCUCCGAUUGGGUUUGGCUGGCGGUGCCAUCUACUACUACAACACUAGCAGUGUUUUCUCCGAGGAGCCAAAGUUCUCUCUUCUUUCCUCGAUCCGCAAACAAAAUGGCGAUGACGCCAACCCACAGACUCUCGACUCCAUCACCCCCAAGAUCCGUCAAGAGCGGGCUGCCGAGAAGGCCCAGCGAGCCGAGUCCGCCGCUCUGGAAGGUGGAGUGAACGCCCAAGAGCUUCAGGAGGAGGCUGGCCAAGAAGCCGCAUUCAACCCGGAGACUGGCGAGAUUAACUGGGACUGCCCGUGUCUCGGAGGUAUGGCCCACGGCCCAUGCGGAGAAGACUUCAAGGGUGCCUUCAGCUGCUUCGUGUACUCCGAGGAGGAACCCAAGGGCAUUGACUGCAUUGAGAAGUUCAAGGCCAUGCAAGACUGCUUCCGUCAAUACCCCGAAGUCUACGGUGCCGAGCUAGAAGAUGACGAGGAGGCUCCCGCUGCCCCCGCCGAUGUUCCCCCCACCGCUGCCGAGAUCAAUGAGGCUUCUCUGCCUGAGGAGAAGCAGGCUCGUGCGAGAGAAGUCAACGCCCAAAUGAAGCAGACCGGCGAGCACCCCGAUGAGGACCUCCUUAUCCCUAAGGCCGCACACGACACCGAGGAGAAGAACAAAUCCAGCAAGGCUUAG